UCCACUCUGAAACUGUUAGUCUGGUCUGGGUUACACGAAGCCCACCGAAUUUGAAACCGAAAACAUUAGCUUAGCUCAUGUUAGCUUAGCGGGCUAAUCAUUAACCUGCUGUGUCUGUCAAAUCCAUCCAUUUAACACAAUACUUCACAAAACAUGGGGAAGUUAGCUGCUUUUAUACCCGUUUUAACUCUAUUAUGUGCUUACUGGCAAAGCGCAGAGGGAAACAAAGGCUAUUCAUACACAGAUUGCACCUAUGUGAAAGGAGACAGUGCCCACGAGUAUUUUGGGGGUCGAUGCUUCUGUUACAGCUCUGGCACAGUAAUCAAAUGGAAGGACAUCUGGUCCACCUUCAAGGUAAACGUGACAAGUGAUGAGGAUGUCUUUGUCGUGUUCCCGAUGGAGACUCGAAAUUGCCAACAUCCGGAUGAUAUUCUCACGGUUACUAACUGCUUUGUUGAACACUAUUGGCCAUCCAUAAUCCAAAGAGAGAAGUCUUUGGACAUUCCUAUGGUUGAUGAAGAUGUCUGCUUCAUGACCAAAUCGCCUAGAAGCAAUACUGAGUACACACUACACGUCUCCAACAAAAGGUUAAAUAGAAUGCGCUUCCUGCUUUUUGUGUGUGGGUUGAUACUGUUUUUUAGAGCAGGAAACAUAUGCAGGAGCUCACUGUUUUUCUACACUGCCGGAGUUUCAUUGGGAGUCAUCGCCACAUUUGUCUUCCUGACACUUCUCCUCCGAAACUUCAUACCAAAGCGAGGGCUGUUCCUGGUGCUGUUGGGCGCUGGCUCCGGUCUGUCCUACAUGGGGAUCCAGAGGGUGUUAAAUGAAUGGGAUGACAUCGUGACUGAGCACUGGAUGGAAUUACUGGUAUAUGUGCUCAUAUCGGGCUUAUUUAGUUUUGCUGUAUGCUAUAAACAUGGCCCCAUCACCAACAAACACAGCCUCAACUUUAUGACCUGGUGUAUGCAAAUAGUAGGCAUGGUGUUGCUUUACUAUGGGAUUACAUUCCCCCCUGCCUGCUACAUACUGAUCGCUGUCCUGUUGUGCUCAAAGAUUCUGCCCUUGAUCUGGAGCCUUCUAAUGUGGAUUUGCAGUCUCUUCUACUCAUUCCUGAGCUUGUUCCGGAGGAAGAAACGGCACGCUGUCAGGCUACUGACUGAGGAUGAGUACAGAGAGCAGGGAGAGAUCCACACCAGAGCCUCCCUGGAUGAACUACGGGAGCACUGUAACAAGCCUGGCUUUCCUGCAUGGGACACCGUGUUGAAGCUCAGAUCACCACAAAAGUUUGCUGAAUUUCUGCGCAGUGGCAGCCACAUCACUCAAGAGGAGCUUCAGAGUCAUGAGAAUCAGUACGGGGUUGGUGGGGCGUACUACGAGAACGUGCUCUUUAACAGCAGCUCCAGCGAAACCCAGUCUCAGAGAGGAGAGGCAGAGGACAGUAGCGAGGAUGAACUGGUGAGAAAUGGUCCUGCAACAGUAAAUAACCUCCCGCCUGCUGUAUACACCCCAGUUGUGUACACCCCAGUUGUGUGCCCGUAUCCCCCUGUCACCUACACCCCUCAGCCAGAACCCAUGGAUCCAGAAGACCAGGAUUUCUUUUGAAAUUGUGCCACUAUAUGUAGGAAGUGAUUUUUAUGUAAACUUUAAAAAGACUUUUUGAAUUGCGCAAUAUCGUUAGGAAGGAUUGACUCUAAGGAAAAUUAGUAGGUCCAUAAGGAUUGUAAAAUAAUCAUUCUCUCUCAAUUGUGUGUUUAAAUGAUCUCUUUUAGGCAGCGUGGGCUGUUACUAUAUAUUUUUUUAGCAGUUUGUAUUCUCAUACCCAAGUGAUGCAGAGCUGGGAAUAACACUUUAUUGUACAUACAGUAUGUUAAUAGCAUGUGUAAAUAGAUGGUGACUGUGCUACUCUCAGGUAUAUUAUAAAAUCAUCAGGACAUCUUUGCAGUCGACUGCUCAAGAGAAUGACUCAACACACACAGUACAACAGAAGUGUAUUUUAAGGAAAUAGAGCCCUCUAGUGUUGGUUGAAGAAACAUCACCAAAAAUGCUAAUUCUGUCAUUAUUUACUCACCACCCUCAUGUUGAUUCAAAGCUAUGUCAUUCUGUCUUCUGUGGAAAUCAAAAGAGGAUGUUUAGCAGAAGUUGCUCUUGAUCAUAUAUUUAAACUAAUGAAGGAUAUAUGGUUUUCAAAAGCUCUUAAACCAACAACAAAGCAUUUGCGUUUUUUUGUGCGCUCUAUUCCAAGUCUUUUGAAGUCAAUAUUAUAGAGUACCGUAGUCAUACUAUAGCAGAACGGUUUAUUAUUGAAUAAUAACUUACAUUUUUAUCUAUUACAUACACAAAGCUACCACAGGGGCCGUUCAAACAGAAUGUGUUUUUGCAUUUCACUACACUACCUUUUCAUUGUUUUUCUUUCUAAUCAGAAAGCUAAACGGAUGUGCUUGACCAUUGUGCUUGAGUCUCACGUGUUUUGCAGCAUCACAUGUGACAUGGCGUUCUUAAAACGUUGCCCUCAAGUUCAACUUAUUCAUAACUUCAUUAUGGAGCCUUUCACUCAGAAUGUUUUGCACUGAUUUUCCAAUGUUUUUCUAUGUAAAUGUAACCCCUCCUGUUCGAACCGCCCACUCUAAUCGGGACUCAAACCCAGGUUGCUCUAACAAGGAGGCUAAAGACCGCAGUCUUUGGCAUCAGUCGCUAGAGUGCUUCUUGAUAUCAGGUGAAUGAGGUUUACAUGCACAGCUCUUGCCGGCAUACGUCCAUUACACUCAAAUUAUGUUCAGUGUGAAUGCCCCCCUAUGACUUCAAAAGACUAGGAAUAUAGUGCAUUAUGUGGACUAAUUUGGGUCUUUUUGCCAUUUUUUUUUUUUCCCUCACAAAAAAAAUGAAUACAGAUAUUAUAUUUCAAUGUUUCUGCGUUUGCUCAAUUCUUUUUGCGUUCUCAAAACAAACCUCACAAAAGUUCUUUGCAAGCAAAUGCAAAAAAUUUUUUUGGGGAAAGGAACUAGUUUUGAGAGCAAAUGCAAAAUUUCCCUGGUAGCACAAAACUUGCGAGAAGCGAGAGAAAGCAAAAAGCAUUGAAUAUAUAUAGUUAUACUAUAGUUUACUAUCACCAUUAGGGGCUCUGUAGAAUUUUCAUUUUUGGGUGACCCAUACUUUUAAAAUGAAUCAACUCAAAGUUGAUGGUCUGCAUCUAUCCGUAUGGAUUUACAUAUCUACAAUACAUCCUGCCAUUUCAUAUUCUUUACUUUUUAUGGAUCUUUUUUUUCAGAAGAAUGAAUGUAUACGUUUUUACAGCCUUUUAUAUUACAAUCUUAUUUAAUUAAAGACAAAUGGCUAAAUUCUCAA